CGCCGCCGGGCGCGGCGGCGUCGGAGGCGGGCGGCUCGAAGAGGGGGAGGAGGGCGCGGCGCCGGAGGGCUGCGAGCUGGAGGUCCAGGCGCCGGCGGGCUGCUACGCCGCCGCCGCGAGCACGGGCCGCGGCGAGUACGAGGGGCCGCCCGCCGCAGGCGCGGCCGAGCUGGCGCUCCCGCCGAGGAGGACGAGCUGGAGGCCUGGCUGCUGGGCCUGGACCAGGGGCGGGGCAAGAUGCUCCAGUACUUGGGCCCGCUGCGCGAGGAGUUCGGCAGCCUCAUGGCCGUCGCCGCGGCCUACAUCCCCGGCGGGGGCAACGGGCCGCCGCGCGGGUUCCUGGAGUCCGUGGAGCCCCUGAUUUUCGAUGUCCUGCAAGUCGUCUCGCUGGGCCACAGGCUGCUGCUGGCGCGCGGGAUCGCGGAGCUGGCCGCCGCCGGCCUGGCCGAGGAGCAGGCCGCCGCCGGCGCUGGCGAGGGCGGCGGCUCCGCGGCCACGCCGCUGGGCGACGGCUGAGAGCCUGGGCGGUCGGUCACUCGCUGCAGGGAUUGCCGCUGGAUGUUGGUGAGCACGACAUUUUCAUAGGGUAAUCGCGCUCUGCCUCCCACAGAGGUUCUAGGUGCAAGAGGAGAGCGCCUUUAUUUGAAUGCACAACUCCACGGUCGAGCCUGCGAAGUUGUCGGCAGUGUGUGCGAGCCAGUCUCUCUCGUUGUCCUCCUUGUCACUCGACCUAGGCGUUCUUUGGAUGCGCCUGCCCUGUAGCGUGACAGGUAUGUAAAGUUCCCCUUCGGAGGGGGCGGUGUUCUUUUAUUGUGCGGAUAUGUCUCUCCUCGUCGUUUGCUCCGGCUGCGAGGGAAAAAGCUUCGUGGGGAAGGAAAGUGUCAUUUGCGCGGAUACAGGCUCAUCCUCGGGUCUGCUGUUCAUUGUUGC